UGCAGAAACAAAGAAUAGUUGGAAAGAAUUCCUGGAGUAUUUGUUGGAAGAUAUCGGGGAUCACAGGCAAUUUGAUUGGCACUUUAUGUCUGACAAACAGAAGGUAUCUUGUCUGUAACUUGUGUGUUAAGUUAUUUAAUACUAUAUGCUGACUAACUUAGUUCUUGACAGGGCCUAAUUUCUGCUCUACAAGAAGUUAUGCCGGGGGUUAAUCACAGAUUUUGUACUAUGCAUAUGUGGAGGAAUUUCAACAAGCGCUGGAAGGACUUAGAACUCAAGCAGUUGCUAUUUCAAUGUGCAAGGGCAUUGACUGAUCAGGAGUUUAAUGAAGGUAUGGAUGCUAUCAAGAAAAUUAAUACUUCUGCCUGGGAAUAUCUUUCUAAGUAUGAGCAAGAAACUUGGUCAAGAUCAAGAUUCUCAACUUGGCCUAAAGUGGAUAACAUAACCAAUAACAAUGCUGAGUCACUUAAUGCAACCAUGGUGGGGCUAAGAGGCAAGAGCAUCAUUACCAUGCUAGAGGAAAUUAGAUAUUACCUUAUGAAGACGAUGGCAACGCAUAAAGAUGCACUCAUGGCCUACAUGGGAAAACUGGCUCCUAUCCAAAUGAGCAGAUUGGAGAAGGAAAAGAAGGAAGGAAAUUACUGGGAGGCUCAAUGGGUGGGAGACGAUGACCACAAUGUCUUUGAAGUCAGAAGGCAUGGUCGAACAGUUCGGGUCAACACUCAAGACAGGACUUGCACUUGUAGAAAGUGGCAACUCACAGGUCUGCCGUGCUGUCAUGGAGUUGCUGCAAUUCAAAGAAAAAAUCAACGUCCAGAUGAGUAUGCCCACCAUUGGCUGACCAUGGAGGCGUACAACAGAACAUAUCAAUUUCACAUCAACACUGUCCCUAGUCAAGAAUACUGGGCUGAUGCAGAGGGCCUCCCGUGUCUCCCUCCACCUUAUAAGAGACCAAUAGGAAGGCCUACCAAGAAGAGAGCACGACAUGAAUCAGAGAGUCAGAGUGGGAGCCAGUACAAACUCAAGAGGAGCUAUGGAAAAACAAGUUGUAAAUAUUGUAGAAAGGUGGGACACAAUUCCAGGACCUGCCCUGAUAAGAAUCAUGUUGCAGCUGGGGCAGAUGCAGAUGCACAAGAAGCACCUCAAUCAGGUCAGCCAGCAACAGGAGGAGUUGUUCCACCCAGAGGCUUACAAGACAUGUCAGACUCAGAGCAGGAGAUGUAUUGGGAGGAAACCAUAUAUGCAGUCAAAGAGGAGCUCACACAGGGCCAUCCACACUCUGAAGCUGAUGAAGAGGUAGCACAUUCUUCAAUAAUUGCUCUUUACACUAACUUCAGAUCUAGUACUUAAAUUUAAUUUACUGUAGGCAAACAUGAACACCUCCGGUUCAACUAGUCAUCGUGAAGGAAGGAGAGCUACUAGAUCUAACCUUGCAAGGAGAGCAGCAAGAUCUACCAAGGCUGCUGCAAUAACUCUUCAAACUCCCUCCAACACUGCUGCGGCUGGUGCAGCAUCUACUAGUAGGGAAACAAUCAGGGUCAAGAUGCCUAUCAGGAGAACCCCCUUAGCCCAACCAAAUCUCAGGCCCACAGCUACAGCUACAGCAGCCCAACACCAUGUUAGGCCCACAGCUCCAGGCCCACAAGCCACUCCAAGGCCCAACCCACCAUUUAGGCCCCCACAAAUAAGGCCCAUCGCACCAUCUGCAAAUGCUGCUACUGGUUCAGGAGUUCCAGCCUCCACAA